GAAACGACUCGAAAUCGAAAGUUGGAGCUGCGAUUAGCGCAAUGAAAGCGGCCACCCGGUGACGGGCUGUUUGUCGUUGUAGUCUUAAAUUAAUUGUAAAGUAACAUUUAACUGACUAAGCUCGAGUCUGUGCCGUGGCCGUCUGUUCCAGCCGGAAACAUGGACUCGGACACUGAGGUGGAAGGUAUUUUGCAGAAAGGGGAUGAGAUGGAGGAUGAGGAGAAGCACAGGUGGCAAAGGCCACCAUCCAGCUAUGGUUCGAUGAAGAGUGAGAGUGAUGACAUGGAGGACACGGACAAAGAGGAGGAGAAGAAAGCUGUGAGCGUGGCCCCACAACUACCUGAACCAAGAGCUCCAGAGAAGACAGGGAUACAGAUGAUUCGCUCGGCCUCUCCAGAGACCCUCUACACCAUGACCACGCAGCAGACCAAACCCCCCGGAGCUGUUAUCAUUGAUACCAGGUCUUGUGAUCUGGAUCUUCCAGACGAUGAAUAUUCGGAUGAGGAAGGGGAAGAGGAUGAAAUUUUAAUAACUAAUUCUCCAGAACCACCUCAGCCCAUUGAACCAGAUGACCCGAUGCCUGAUGAGAAUAGCCAGCCAGGCAGACUGCACCCAGAACAGGAUCUGCCUCAUAUAUUUAGGAAUAUCCAGGAUACUCUGAGCCGGCUCUCCUGGGAAGAAAUGAUGAAGUUUAAGUCAUGGUUUUAUCAGUGGGAGCCAGAACUGAAGCUGAAGCAGAUGCUGGACGGAGAUAUUCUUGACUUUGUAGACAAGCUCUUGGAGGUCCUUGGCCAGGAUCGUGCUCUGACACACACAAUAACCAGUCUAGAAAAUAUCAACAAGAAGCCAGAGGCAGAGCAGCUAUCAGAGAAGUGUAAGAGAGCGUUGAUGCGUUUCCGCCUGCAGCUGUCUUUAAUCAGAAAACAUCAAGUCAUCCGCGAGGGAGUCAUUCAAGCUGGAAAGCAGAAUUUUCUAGACAAGGUCUUUGUGGAGCCUGAGAUUUCCACCUGUGGUUAUGGAGGAAUUUACCCCACCCAUAAUUUGCGGCCACCUCCAUCACCGGUCCCAGUCCCCAGCCCUGACACCUUUGUCAGAUUGAACAAUUUGAUUCGACUAACCAAGGCAGACAGCACUCCGGUGAGGACCGUGUUGACCACAGGGCUCGCAGGAAUUGGCAUGUCUGUCUGUGUGGGAAAAUUUUGCCUGGACUGGGCGGAACAGCGUGCCAAUAAGGAUCUUCAGUUUGUCAUCAAACUUUCAUUCCGAGCUUUGUGGAUUCUGCGAAACAAACACCUCCCUGAGUCUCAGGAGAUGUCAAUCAUGGAAAUCAUUGAAUAUUAUAAUUCUGACUGCAGCGAAAUAAAGACUUUCCUGGAAGAGGAAAACUGUAAAUUUCUCGUCAUAAUGGACUCGUUUGAUCGGUACCAAGCUGCUUUGGACUGGGAGAAUGCUCCAGUAAUAGAUAACAAUCACACCCCAGCACAUCCUGAUGUCCUGAUUGUAAACAUCAUCCGAGGCACUGUGCUCCGCGGUGCCCGCCUCUGGAUCCUGGGCAGACGGGCGGCUGUCUCACAGAUACCUUCCAAGUUCAUAGACGUGGUCACAGAAAUACAGGGCUUUAAUGAUGAGAUGAAAGAACGCUACCUGACGAAUCGCUGGCAGAGCAACACAGAUAUGGCCACAAAAGUCGUAUCACAUUUCAAGCGCCUUCCCAUGCUCGUCAUGGCCGCUCGCAACCCAUUUGUCUGCUGGAUGGUGGCCACAGUGUUUGAACGAUGCUACCGUUACCGGGACUACGGAAGCAAUCCUCCUAGACUGACACCGUUCUACGUCAACAUUUUGAUGGUCCAGAUGAAUCGAAGGCUGCAGUUUUACUAUGAAAGGAGGGAAAAUGAUUUGAAAUGGUCGACUGAGGACAAGAACCUGGUGACAAAGCUGGGAAAGAUGGCCCUGAAAAUGCUGGAAAAGGAUGUCAGUGUGUUCUAUGUGGACGAUGUGAAGGAGCACGGUCUGAAUUUGACCGAGGUGGCCGUGUUGUGUGGCAUGUGCACCGAGCUUCCCACUCCAGCUGCAGACGGGAGGAUGGUGUACUCCUUUAUUCACUUCACCUUCCAGGAGUUCAUGGCUGCUUUGUAUGUCUUCACAAUGUUUCGCGCAGAGGAGAAGAACAUCCUGGACUCUGGGACUUUGUACAUGCCCAAGAUCUUUACAUCCAAAGAACAAACCAAAUCAAUCGCAGGCCUGAUCCAGUGUGCUUUGGCGCGAACCUUUAACGCCCCGAGGAGUCAAUAUGACAUCUUCCUGCGCUUUCUGUGCGGCCUGCUUUCCCCAGACUGCCAUGACAAUCAGCUCUGCGGAUACCUCUUCCGCCAGAACUCCCCUAAAGUGGGAGGACUAGAUCAAGCACAGCGGCUGCUGGAGCAGACCAUCGAGAAGGCUCCACCUAACAAGGUGGAGAACUUGAAGGAGUGCCUUAGAGAGAUGAUACAGAAGGACGAGUGACUCAACUCUACAUGAGGUCAAGAAAACAGCUCGACGUAAUGGAGAAAAGGAGAAGAUCACAUUUCAGUCAUCAUAGAAUUCUUAGAAGUCUUAUCAGAAUGGAAUGAACAUUAAACUGUUUCUUAUUUGGAUUGUAACAUCAAACCAGACAAGCUCAAAUGUUUUUAUGAGUUCCAGUGGAGUGGACUUUAUGCAGUACUACAUCAUGUUUGUCGAGUUUCACACACAGCACUAAUAAAAUUUAUUUAAACAGUGGAUUUUACUUCGUUUAGUGGCCAUUUCCCAGCAUCUGACUUUAUUUCCUUCUAACUUAAUGCACGGGGGACUGAUAUUGUUAAUUUGCAGAUUAGUGAAAUAGAAACAUCUGCAAAAAUAAUUUUAAUGAGUUCAAAUUGAAAGGUUGUGUUUACAUUUCUUUAGUUAAUUUCAGUGCAGUUUUAUUAAUAGGACACCAGUUCACUGCAACAAAAACAGAAACUAUGGGAGAGAGAAGACAUGCAGUAACUGAUUAUAAACACAUGAGGAGUGAAAAGACAGUGAAGAAGUGCCCAGUGCAUCACUGGAGGUCUCCCAGCAGCUGGAACGUAUAGCAGCCAAACAGGGUCACCUAAUCCAGCCCUGACUAUAAACUGAAGCCUAAAGUAAAGAGGGUUUCUAUCUCUUGAAAUCAAACUGGCAUCUGUUUCCACAGGGGACGCCCUGAGAGGGGCCUGGCAGCCUCCCAUUCUAUGUGAAUGCCAGCCAGAAAAAUUAUCUCAGUGUUUCUGAGAUUUUUAGAGAACUCUGAAAAUACAGGACUAAAAGUAGAACCUUAAUAUGACAAAGAUCUUCAUUUAGCCUGGAAAAAAGAGUUUUUUUGCUCUAUAAAAAGUCCCCCGUAAAGCUUAUUAUUCAGCACUGAUUGAAGGAAAAUAAGAACCCCAGGUUUGUUUUCAGCACUGUAGCCAAGAUGACAGAGUCAGAGCUCUGUAGACCCAAGUACCUUAACACAGAUACAAGCACUUUGGUUUCUCACAAGCACGGAGUGCUGAUAGUGGGACAAACAGGACGCAUUUCUUGACAUGCAUACAUCCCCCUGUCUCACUGUAAAUUUCUCUAAAGUUUAUUAUCUGCUUAUAAAAAAGAAAAUAGCAUACUAUUCUUUGUCUAAGUCUAUUUGCAGUGUUAAUAUUAUGUUAUCAUCACCCCAAAACUAAUAAAAAAAAUGCUGCUAUGAAUAAUA